AUGGCCUCUAAGGUUACAGAUUCAUCACAGGGGAAGGACACAAAAGACAUUGGUGAUGGUUCUGUAACGCCCAUUCUUCAGGAACUUCGUAAUAAGGCAGAAGAGCUCAAACAAACCCAGUUAAAUCAAAUUAUUGCUAUACACGAAACAUUGGUGAAGGAGCUUUUCUACGUGCAUAAUUUAAAUAAUUCAUCGGAUAUUAGUACACCAGAAUUUCUAGUACCUUUUCAAAGUUGGGAGAAAGUAGACCAGGAAGCACUGCAAACAUUUAUGCAAACACACAAACUGGAAAACCUAUCUCUCAGUAGUGUAAUCGACACUGCUACUUCAGCAACCACAUCGACGAUAUCUACUAUAGUUACUGCUAACAAUUCAUCGACAGAAACUACAGCAUCUACUGCUUUAGCCACAAAUUCUGCCACUACCGUGGUUGCCUCCACAUCGAAAUCACCUUCGAUCGACAUCAACGGCAUCAUCAACUGA